AUGAGCAAUUUCUUGAAAAUGCUUCUCUCUUUUAUUUGCUUCUUGUUUGUAACAAUCUUUGCAGAAGUUGGAGCCACUACCAAUGAGUGCGUGAUAUCAAGGUGCGGUCACCAUGGUCCAGCCAUCCGGUUCCCUUUCUGGCUUAAAGAUAGCCAGCCAGACCACUGUGGGUAUCCUGGGUUUCAGUUAUCUUGCACAGAAAAGCAUCAGACUAUGAUAGAGCUACCAAAUUCAGUGAAGCUGUUGGUGAAGAAAAUCAAUUACAAAUCUCAGGAAAUUCAGGUCCAUGAUCCUGCUGAUUGCCUUCCCAAACAGCUUUCAGACCUUAAUUUAUCAGCCUCUCCCUUCCAGUUCAAAGUCAAACAUGACCACAGCCUACAGGACAUAACCUUGCUCAAUUGUUCCUUACCAGCUAACAGAGGCUUCAUGCGACAAAUCCCUUGCUCAAGUGUCCCUGGCUACCAAGUUUAUGUUGUUGAUUCCUACUAUACCCUCUUCCAUGACUAUGACAACUAUGACCUAUUAUCUUGCAGCAAGAUGUAUAACAUUUCAUCAGUCCCUAAUGAUAUAUUUGAGCAUUUUUAUCUGAAUUGGUCGAAACCAAUAUGCAGAAACUGUGAAGCAGAUGGUAAAAGAUGCAGACUGAAGAGUAAUAGCACAGAACCUGAAACUGAAUGUUUCAUCAUCAGCAAAAAAGCUCAAGGUGUGACAAAGCUAGUGAUUACAGGUCCUAUGGUUGGUUCCUUUCUUCUUGUGCUGGUAGUCAUUAUGUUCUACCGUGUUCAUUGCACAAAUAAAUUACAAAGAGAGAAUCAAAUAAAGAUUGAAAAGUUUUUGGAAGAUUACAGAGCUCUCAAGCCCUCUAGAUACUCUUUCGCUGAUAUUAAGAAGAUAACAAAUCAAUUUCAGGAUAAAUUGGGCCAAGGAGGCUAUGGAACUGUGUACAAAGGAAAGCUUUCCAAUGAAGUUCUUGUUGCAGUAAAGAUUCUUAGCAAUUCCAAGGGAAAUGGGGAAGAAUUCAUCAAUGAAGUGAGAACAAUGGGCAGAAUCCACCAUGUCAAUGUUGUUCGCUUGGUCGGCUUUUGUGCCGAUGGAUUUAGUCGAGCACUUAUUUAUGAGUUCUUACCAAAUGAAUCCCUGGAGAAGUUCAUAUUUUCAACCACCAUUAAGAACCGUUCACUUGGUUGGAAGAAGCUUCAAGAUAUUGCUCUGGGCAUAGCCAAAGGAAUUGAGUAUCUUCACCAAGGUUGUGAUCAGAGAAUCCUUCAUUUUGAUAUCAAGCCUCAUAAUAUUCUUCUAGAUCAUCACCUCAACCCAAAGAUAUCUGAUUUUGGUCUGGCAAAAUUGUGUUCCAAGGAGCAAAGUACAGUUUCUAUGACGGCUGCUCGAGGGACCAUGGGCUAUAUUGCCCCAGAAGUAUUAUCUAGAAAUUUUGGGCAUGUGUCCUACAAGUCAGAUGUUUUUAGUUUUGGGAUGCUGUUGCUUGAAAUGGUAGGCGGAAGGAAGAAUAUUGAUGUUACAGUGGACAACACCAGCCAAUUAUAUUUCCCAGAAUGGGCAUAUAAUCAUUUGGAUCAGGGAGAAGAGUUGCAUAUCCGGAUUGAAAAAGAGGGAGAUGAUAAAAUAGCAAAGCAAUUAACAAUUGUGGGACUUUGGUGCAUUCAAUGGUACCCUAUGGAUCGUCCUCCCAUGAAAGCUGUGGUUCAAAUGCUGGAAGGAGAAGGAGACAGUUUAACCAUGCCCCCUAAUCCCUUUGCCUCCACAAGCCCAACAUGAACAAAUGGAAGCAGCCUUGGAAGACCUUUUCAACAAGAGUUGACAGUUAUCUCAGAAUAAUAGAGAAAAAUACCAAUCAGGUUGUAAAUUUUAUCAAUGUAACCUUUCUUUCAAUCAUUGCUAGCCAACCAAUGUUUGUACAACAGAGCACUUUCUAGGGCUCCAUAGCAAGUGAAAAGCAGAAUGAAUUAUCAAAAAAUCCAUGAUUUUGGCCAUUUUAGUUCCAA